GAUGAUGAAGAAACUUCGCAAGAUGAUAUAAAGGCUCACGAACAACCAUUGUCAAAGGAACGUAAACGACGACGCACCCUAGAAAAUACAAAUAAAGAAAAUGCUCCAAAAAAAACCAAGAAAGAUGAAAAAAUAGUUGCAAAUACUAUCCGUAUUGUCGAAAGCGAUGAAAAUGACGAUAAAAAACAACGAUUGAAAAAAUUGUCAAAUUCAUGUGAAUUUUAUUUCUAUUUAUCAUUAUCAAGACAAAUACAGCUGCCAACAUGUUCGGGUACACCAGUAACAAAGCAGAGAGGAAGGAAUUUGCCAGAACGACCGAAAUUUCUUCGAUCAGGGCAACUCACGUUUUUUCGAUCUGUCUCUGUAAAUUUUUGUUCUUCAACUUUCUGCGUUGAGUCUAGCGAGUAUUGGUCGCAUGGAGGUUGCUGGUCAUUAUUUAUG